AUGGGAGACUCAAGACGAACGCAGAUCCCGAUUGUAUGUCCUGGACAUACGAGGCCACUGGCCGAGCUGCAGUAUCUGUGGAAUGAAGAAGAGAAGCGUACAUUUCUGCUGAGUGCUUGCCAUGACAAGAUGCCAAUGCUCCGCGAUGGUACUUCUGGUGAUUGGAUAGGAACCUUUCAAGGACACAAGGGUGCUGUGUGGUCUAUGCAAAUGGACAACUCGGGUAACCUUGCAGCAACCGCAUCGGGUGACUAUUCAGCUCGUGUUUGGGACGCCAUCACUGGAAAUUCGUUGCUCGAGUUGCCGCACAAACACAUUGUCAAGACUUGUGUCUUUUCACCUGAUUCCAAGUUACUAGCUACAGGAGGAAAAGAGGGGUUGGUCAGAAUUUACGAUCUAGCUGCAUGCUUGAUGAACAAACCAUUGAAAGCAGAAGUUGCGGUAGAGUUGAAGCAAGCUUCUCCGAUUAACAAAGUCGUUUGGGUGAACAAUACAUUGAUUCUCUGUGCAUGUGCUGAUGGUAAGGUUUAUUUAUGGGACAAGUCAUCUCCCCAGGCUCCAGUGCACACCUUCGACACUCAACAAGGAGAUGAGAUUAGAGACUUGGAACUGUGCACCAUUGCCAGUGGAAUGCUAGUAAUGACUGCCGCUGCGGGUACAAAAGUUUUCUUCUGGGAUAUGGAAUCAAAAAAUCUAUUGAAAGAGUACACAAUGCCAAUUCAUUUCCGAGAAGAGGGGGGGGCAACCUUACAUCCAUCUGGGGAGAAAUUUGUUGCUGGUGGAAGCGAUCUGUGGGUUCGAGUGUUCGACUUUCAAACAGGAGAGCAGCUCGAAUGUCAUAAAGGGCACCACGGGCCUAUUCGCUGUGUGCGGUAUGCUCCUGAUGGAAAGCUCUAUGCAACCGGCUCGGAAGAUGGAACCAUAAGGCUUUGGAAAACAUAUCCUACCGCAUAA